UGAAGGCCUGUAAGGACCUCAAGCCACGGCUUGGAAUCCAAGGAAGAUGAACAAGCGAUUAGACGAAGGCAGGGCGGUGAGGGUCAAAGGCGCAUGCCCGGUGAUAGCAGGUGCAGGGGGGCGCGCCGCCGCCGCCGCCGCCACCGGCGGGCCUCCCCUUUAAGAGCCGCCGCCGCCCACGGCCCGCCGCUGCGGCAGGGACCUCCCCUUUAACCGCGGCUGCUCGGCACUUCGCGGCCCCCGCGGCGGCUGCUGCUGCGGCUGCUGCUGCUAUUGCGGCUCCUGCUGCCGCCGCCGCUCGACCUCCGGCACCUGCAUCCUCCGCUCGGGCCGGGUCCCCGCCCCGCGCCCCGCCCGGCCCCGCCAUGGUGUCCUGGAUCAUCUCUCGCCUGGUGGUGCUCAUCUUUGGCACCUUGUACCCAGCCUAUUCUUCCUACAAGGCCGUGAAGACAAAAAACGUGAAGGAAUAUGUGAAAUGGAUGAUGUACUGGAUCGUCUUUGCCUUCUUCACCACGGCUGAGACACUUACGGAUAUUGUGCUUUCCUGGUUCCCCUUCUACUUUGAGCUCAAGAUCGCCUUUGUGAUAUGGCUGCUGUCCCCUUAUACCAAGGGCUCCAGCGUGCUCUACCGCAAGUUCGUGCACCCGACACUGUCCAACAAGGAGAAGGAAAUCGACGAGUACAUCACACAGGCCCGAGACAAGAGCUAUGAGACCAUGAUGAGAGUGGGCAAGAGAGGCCUGAACCUGGCUGCCAAUGCUGCAGUCACCGCUGCUGCCAAGGGCCAGGGGGUGCUAUCAGAGAAGCUCCGAAGCUUCAGCAUGCAGGACCUGACCCUGAUCCGGGACGAGGAUGCACUGCCCCUGCAGGGGCCUGACAGCCGUCUCCGACCCAACCCUGGCAGCCUCCUGGAUACCAUUGAGGACUUAGGAGAUGACCCUGCCCUGAAUUUAAGAUCUAGCACAAACCAGGCAGAUCCCCGGACAGAGACCUCUGAAGAUGAUAUGGGAGACAAGGCCCCUAAGAGGGUCAAACCUGUCAAAAAAGUGCCCAAAGCUGAGCCACUGGCUUCCAAGACACUGAAGACCCGGCCCAAGAAGAAGACCUCUGGUGGGGGUGACUUGGCUUGAGGUUCUGACCCCCCGGAGGCUGCACACUGUGCCAGUAACCCACACUCCUCCGGCCCCAGGGCCCCUCAGAUGGCUGUUUCUGCUGCCUGCCCAGUGACCACUCCUCUGGAAGGGCUUGGAAAAGAGGAGGGAGGCCCUGCUAUGGGGGUGGAGGGUAGAGGCUGGAGGAGUUACUGAAGACUGAGCCCCCCCAAGGAGGCGGGGGCUCCUUAGAGCCCAAACUGCUAUUCUCCCUGCUCCAGUCCUGCUCCCACCCACCCAGUGCCUUGCUGAAGACCAUGGCCAUCCCCUUUUCUGAGGUCCUAAUAUGCCCCCACUGCUCUCUCCGGGCUGGGGGAGCAGUCACAGCCCAGACUGACCGGAAAUGGGCCUGAAGGCACCUGGGAGACGGAGGGAGAGGGGAAGGCUUCAGAGAACUUGUGGCACAGGCCACAGAUGUGAAUGGAGGACAGGGGCUUAGCAUGUGCUUAAAUGACCAGGAUGAUGAGGCCAGAACUGCAGCUGGGGGCAUUGGAUAGGGCUGUGUGCUACAUGUCCCCACUAAAAAGAAGUGGGGUCCUAGGGGGGUGUGUGUGUGUGUGUGUGUGUGUGUGUGUGUGUAUCUUUCUAGGUCUAGGGCUGGGGAGAUUUUGAGUAAAGGACUUUCCUGCCAGCAGUGACCACCCCCCACCCUAAGCCCCACAGCUAGCUGGCCCUUCCCUGCUUUCAGCCCUCCCUCCUAAUCUCAGAGCCUCAGAGGACCUCAGCCCAAGAGAGGAUGAGGCUCUGAAGGCCUCUUAUCUCCUCCUCUGCCCUUGAUACCCUUUUGCUUCCUCCCAUUCCUGCCCUGCCCCUGGGCUGGGCUCCUCUACCCCUCAGGGCCCAUUGUAGAGGGCUCUGCUGAGCCAGCUCCUUUCCUCCUCACCUAGGGGCCCAUCUUCCUUUUCUCCAGACUCCUUUUCCUGUGCCAAGCAAACUGAGCCCAUGUAAGCAGGCAGACCCUUAUUAGCCCAGCCUUUGCCCCACACUCUACCCCAGCUUCUGCCGUGGCUUCAGGAGGAAUGUGUGAAGAAGAAAAGAAAUAUUGGAGCCAAAGUGCUUCCAAUUCUAUGAAAAGAGGGUGCCCAUUGGACCUUUGGCACUGGAUGAGCCAAUAAACCAAAUUCUGGCACCUCA